AUGUCCAACAGCCUGGAAGCAAAGAUCGUGGUCCUCGGUAGCCAAGGAGUUGGAAAAACUUCUCUCGUCCACCGAUAUGUCAAAAACGCUUUUACGCCUCCCACGACACAGUCCACCGUGGGUGCUUCCUUCUUGACAAAGAGGGUUGUGGAUAUCGACACCUCCACAGUGGUUCGGUUACAAAUAUGGGAUACCGCGGGCCAGGAGCGCUUCCGGUCCAUAUCCAAGCUGUAUUAUAGGGGCGCAAAUGCUGCAGUACUAUGUUACGACAUCACCGAUCCAUAUUCGUUCGAGGAGAUGGGCCGCUGGUUCAAGGAACUCAAGACAAAUCUCGGAGAGGACGUGAUCCUCCACGUUGUAGGAACAAAGUCAGACGUCGUAGCCGAAGACCCCACCAAGCGAAAAGUGCCCUUCGAGCGCUGCAUCGAAUACGUCGCCGAGAACCUCCACCCCACACAGAACGGACAACCACACAGUGCUGCAGCAAGCGGCUGGGGCUCUGUACCGGCAGCCUUCCACAGCGGUAUGGCGUCGCCACAGAGCAACCGGUCGAGCGGCUUCUGGGGACAAGACCUCGGUUGGGACUGUUGCCACGAGAUCAGCGCCAAAGAUGGCGAGGGUGUAGACGAAGUCUUUCGCGUCAUCACUCGCAAGCUGGUGGAACAGCAGCAGAAGAAGCUCGAGGAAGAGCAACGGCAAUACGCCAUGGCUGGUGUCACCCCUGCCAUGGACAACAACGGGAAUGUCGCUGGAUACUUCGAUUACCCUGGAACGGGUAAUGGAAGCUUCCGCUUAGGCACUGGUGACAAGAGGCGAAGCUGGCUGGGCUUCCCUACUACACCCAACGUCGCUGGACAUCAGCAAGAUUGGGAAGAAGACAUCAAUCGGGCGCAGAAGAGCAAGAGUGGCAGGUGCUCAUCUAAUGAAGACCCAGCGAAGGAGAUCCAGGAAAUGCUGAAGCAGAUUUGGGAAGCUCCUGCAGCUUUCCAUUCGGGUGAGCCGAGUACCUCGAUCUACCGUCGUUUUGGCUACCUCCACUCCCGCGUCAUCCUCGAGCUCCAGGAUCAGUUACGCGAACUGGAAGAAGACCUCAAGAAUCUGGAUGAUCGUCAUGCCUUCUCUGAUGAUCCGACGGAGAAGCUCCGUGUCAGCUCCCGAAUAGCUGAUCGAGAUGCUGCUUGGCAAGAGUACCAAGCUAAACGGAAACGCCCACCGACCGUUCGUUCCAACGGUGAGGCAAGCAACAAUGCAGCUCACGUACCAGAUCAAGAUAAAGAUGAACAGCCGAGCGAUACUUCGAUCAUAAGUGAUAGAGCCAUACUUUUAGCUAACAUUGAAGACCGUCUCAUCAGAUACGACAGGAUCUUGCUAAAAGCAUCUCAGCUCAAUGAACUUCAGCGGCCCAGCAAUCGUGACUGGUCAAACAUGCGUUUCUGGUAUUGGAUUACGAAACCUCUGUCGAACGUGCGAGAGACAUUCUUCGUCCAAAUGAAGGACGAUCUGAUCACUUUGAAGCCGAAAGAUGAGACUGGAAAGCUUGAUAGCUGGAUUGAUGAAAUCAUUAUCCGACUGCCUGAGAGAAUGGUCGCCGUGAGUGUUUUAAUCAUACACUGGGGACGAGGAAAGCUUGCUGACCUCUCGCGAUUAGUUCUUCAUUGA